GUCCCACAGUGGAGACUACAGAUGUCGGGGUAGCAGUGACUAUCUCUUAACAGGAUGGAGUGAUGCCUUCAGACUGACAGUUUCAUAUCAACCCAGGGCCACACUGACAGCAGGAACAACAAUCAUAACAGUAGGGGGCAGUGUGACACUGACCUGCUCUGUGCAGAGCUCUGAUGGAUGGAAAUAUGAGUGGUUCAGACGAACCCAAACAACCUAUGAAGGUAAAAUCAGAGGUCAACAAAACAGAGAUAUCAGAGUAUCUGAAGGAGGAAUCUACCGCUGCAGAGGAACAAGAGGAAACCCAGUUUACUACACUGAUAUAAGUCAUGAUGUCACCAUUGAGAAAACCAUUUCCAAUAAAGUUGUUGUAAAACAACAACCCAACUGGCCUCAGAUAUUCAGAGGUGAGACGAUCACUCUGACAUGUGAGGUGCAGGAAGGAGGUGAAACCACUGAGUGGUGGUAUGAAUGGAGAGGACCCAGGACACCCACACAGUGGACACACAAUAAUGAUGUGACAUUCAGAGUUUCUGAGUCCAGCAGUGGAGACUACAUGUGUAAGAGUCGACGCAGAGAUGACUCAUAUUCUUCAACAGAGUGGAGUGAAGCCUUCACAUUGUCAGUAUCAAAUCAACCCAGGGCCACACUGACAGCAGGAACAACAAUCAUAACAGUAGGGGGCAGUGUGACACUGACCUGCUCUGUGCAGAGCUCUCAUGGAUGGAAAUAUGAGUGGUUCAGACGAACCCAAACAACCUAUGAAGGUAAAAUCAGAGAUCAACAAAACAGAGAUAUCAGAGUAUCUGAAGGAGGAAUCUACCGCUGCAGAGGAACAAGAGGAAACCUAGUUUACUACACUUAUAUAAGUGAUGAUGUCACCAUUGAGAAAACCAUUUCCAAUAAAGUUGUUGUAAAACAACAACCCAACUGGCCUCAGAUAUUCAGAGGUGAGACGAUCACUCUGACAUGUGAGGUGCAGGAAGGAGGUGAAACCACUGAGUGGUGGUAUGAAUGGAGAGGACCCAGCACACCCACACAGUGGACACACAAUAAUGAUGUGACAUUCAGAGUUUCUGAGUCCAGCAGUGGAGACUACAUGUGUAAGAGUCGACGCAGAGAUGACUCAUAUUCUUCAACUGAGUGGAGUGAAGCCUUCACAUUGUCAGGAUCAAUUCUCAGUAAGCCCACUGUGACCCUGCAGCCAUCCUGGACUCAGAUAUACAGCGGUGAGACAGUCACUGUCAGAUGUGAGAUUCAGGGAGGUGAAGGAGCUCAGUGGACGUAUGAAUGGAGAGCAGCCAAGUUAAACACACCUCCAACAUCCAAUGAAUACAGAAUCAUCAGAGCUACUGAGUCUGACAGUGGAGGAUACAGCUGCCGGGGCAGGAGGGACUAUUUCUUCUCAGAGUGGAGUGAUAUCAUCACACUGACUGUAUUGUAUAAACCCUGUCCUGUCCUCACUGUGUCUCCAUCAUGGCUGAGUCCUGGAGCCUCAGUAACUCUGAACUGUGAGGUUGAACAUCCGUCUGCAGGAUGGAGCUUCUACUGGUAUAAAGCUGUUCCUGAUCUAUCACAGAAAUCCUCCAGUUAUGAGCUGCUACCUGAUGGCAAUGGGACUGCAAACAACUCCUACAUCAUUCAUGGACAGACACACACAGCAGGAUAUGUGUGCGGAGCUGGAAGAGGAGACCCAGAGUAUCACACUGAUCACAGUCAACCAAAGUUUGUCUGGUCUGCAGAUGUUCAUUCAGCAGCGUCUCUCACAGUGAGUCCUGACAGAGUGCAACACUUCACCUCUGACUCUGUCUCACUGACCUGUGAGGGAAAGUUCGCUGAGUGGAGAGUGAGAAAGUUCUCUGAGGACGGCCAACUGUACUCUGACUGUAGCAGAAUGACUGGAUCCACAUGUGACAUCAACCCAUCAAAGUCAGAUAUUGCAGUGUACUGGUGUGAGUCUGGAUCAGGAGAGUUCAGCAGUGCAGUCAACAUCACUGUUCAUGAUGAUGGUAAUGGUCCUAUCCUGGUGAGUCCUGUUCAUCCUGUGACUGAGGGAGCUUCUGUUAGUCUGAGCUGCAGUUUGAGAACACAACAAAUACUUUCCAAUGUGUUUUUCUAUCACAAUGACAAACUUAUUCAAAAUGAUACCCGAGGGGAGCUGAAGAUCUCUGCAGUGUCAAAGUCUGAUGAAGGUUUCUACAAGUGUCAGUACUCAGGAAGAGAGUCAGCACAGAGCUGGAUGUCAGUUAAAGAUUCAGGCUUCAUCAGUCCAAUGACCACCACCAAUCAUGUAGUCAACCAGAGUGAAAUUCACAAACACAACUGUCUUGACCAUGGUGCAGGUGAAAUACAAGAUAUUACAUACUCUGUAAUUCAGCUUAAACAUGUUGGAAAAAAGAGGAAGCAUCAUAAAUCACAGGAGCAUACUAUUUACUCAGAGGUGAAGGUGGGAGAUGAAGAAAAAUCAAGUCCUGCAGCAUCUAAUGAGGAACUUUACUCCGAAGUCAGAUUAGAAAGCAGUCUCGAAGACAUUCCAACAUAUGCCGAGAUCAACUGUCACAAUAAAGCAAAAGCUAAGGAAAACCAGGAAGACAGUCCAACGUAUGCCCAGGUCAACCGUCACAAUAAAAGAGCAUCCAAGAACAACCAGCGUCAUUGAACCGAAUUGUAGCAGUAAAACCAACCUCAAGCUUCUUAUACAGAAAUGUCUGUAGCUUGUUCAGUAUUUUGUACAGUUUUUUUUAGUGAUAGUCAUCAUCAUUAUAAUAUACAGUAUACAAUAUAUAUAAUAUAUGGUACAGACAAGGUGUUUUCAUUUAGUGUUCAUAUUAUCUGUAUUCAUUUAAUAAUAAAACAUGAUUUAAAGUUAGCUUUUGCAGUGUAACAUAAGAUAGGUUCCUCUAUGGGUACAAAGAAAUACUAUAAAUGCAUGUAUUGAAAGUUUUUGAACAUUACCUAAAAGAGGACUGAUAUAAUACUGUAUGGAUUUAAAUGUGUGAAUAAAUGCAUUUCUUCAUGGAAAUUGUAUGCAGUUAUAGUUUGGGUUUUUAUCUUUUUUUUAUUUUGGCCUGAGCAGUGUUUUUGUUCUAUCAUGAUAUAGCUCUACAAUAUAAUUGUAAAAAUGUAAAGGAUUUAUCUUUUGUAACUUUCAACUAAAUGACCAUGUAUACAAUAUGAAUAUCAAAUCACAGAGACAGCUUAAAGUUAAUAG